CCUCAUAAAACUCGCCAGUACAGUAGCGGUUCAAACCAUAUCAGGAAUCUUUUGCAUCUGGGUUGAUGCGCUGUGUCGAUUCAAGAACCUUUAAACAACGUUCACCAAUUAUCUUUUUAUUUCGUGCUAAAUAAACGGGCACUUGUAAAAUGGGCAUCCAUAACUUCAGUACCUGCUUCCCAAAGUAGUUUAAUCCCAGAAGGCAGAGAAGUUUUCAUUUCCCUUUUUAAUUACGUUUGCGUAUCUCGUGAAGUAUUUCGAGGACUGUUACACAACGCACGCUGCUCGUUUCCAUCGAAGUCAAAUACGAAAAAGGUUGACACCCAAAAUAGUCCUCGUAUUGCAGAAACAUGUCAGUGUACAUGCUUACAUCCUAUUAAUUUUUGCAGGUUGAGUGUACUACUUCCCAUGAAAGUCGGAGGAAAAGUUACGAUUUCAACACUUCCUGGGUUCUCAAAAUGCGUUGGUUAACACUGCUGACUCUUUCAUAGCAAAUGCCAGAUGUCGCUUCACUUCGCUCUUUCAAGUAGCCUACUGAUGGCAUUGCCUAAUUGAUACUGUACAGCGAUUAUGAAAUGGAUCUCUUUUCCACUUGGAUGUUUAACAGCUGAUCUUGAUCUCAGUGAAUCACCUGUAGCUUGCACUGAUUAUACUUCUAUAUUUAAUCUGGACAGGAGCUAAAGGCAGGAUGUUUGCAUCGACAUACCCGCUGCUUUUCAUCGCUGUCAUGGUACGCGGAGGUCAAAAUGAAAAGUGUGAUGUUUACCCAAAAGAUCCGGUCAUUUCUAUGGGUGACGACAUCCAAGUCAUGUUCAAGGCCCCCGACAAUAGCCUCUGCAGUAACGUUCCCUCGUACGACCCUGAGAAGCUGUUCUGGAAGCUGAAUGAUGAGAAGAUUGAUGAAAGCCAGUACACCAUGGUCAAUUCGACCAUUCCUUCUGUGGUCAUUCAGAAUUUCACCCUCCGAAGUGGAAUGGUGACGUGUCACAUCACUGUGGGAAGAAAGAUCUUCGUUCUGGGCGGAACAAACAUAAAAGUGCUUUUUCCACCAGUGAAACCAACAAAUUUAUCCUGUGUAACUGUUUUGUUCAAAAGUUUCACAUGCUAUUGGGAUAGUGGCGAAGACACUUUGUGGGACACCAUCUACACCGUUUCAAGUAAAGUAGGUGGCAGCAUAAAGACCUGCAUGUCGAAAAGCAGCCCUUGCUCAUUUAAAGAAAAGGACAUACUGCAUUCCGCUGAAAUAUGGGUGACUGCCCGAAGUUCUCAGGGUGCAGUCGAUUCGGAUGUUCUGACGAUUAACAACAUUUACUCAACAGUGAAAAUCGGCCCGCCUCAGACGGUCGCGGCAGAGCCUCUGUUUAACAGUGUGGAAUUGAAAGUGACUUGGGAAAAACCAGAGGACAGUUUCAUCUAUCCUGUGCUCUAUGAAGUGCGGUACUCGUACCAGCAAGGAGGCUCAAGCCAUAAGCGUGUGAGAGAGUCCACCAGGCCGGAGCUCUACAUCAGUGUGGAGGGAGAGUGCACCCAGUACACCAUCUCCGUGCGGGGCGCGCUGAGGGACGACUGGACCCCCGUGUGGAGCGACUGGAGCCCGGACGUCCGGGUCAUCUCCCCUCUGGAUGUGCACAGCAUACGUUUACUACUUUGGAGAAAAAUCCUUUGGCCUGAUGAGAGUGGGAACCGAACGGUCCAGCUUAUGUGGAAGGGGGUCUCAGCAUCCUGUGAAGCCAUUGAAGGCUAUAGAGUUACUCUCAGGGCUGAAAACAACCAUACCCAAGACAUGCUGUUUAACCCAGCUGACACACAGGCAUCCAUAACUGUUGACGAGGAGGCGUACACAGUCAGGAUUGUUGCUUACAGACAAGAAAAGGUUUUCUUUGAAGAUACAACCACCAUACCAGCUGGCAGAGAAGUUUCAGUAUUUUUACCGGUGGAGGCAGCCCGGGUGUUCUCCCAUGAUGGUCAAAUCCACAUCAGCUGGAAAGAGCCCUCUCAAUCUCCCAGAGCUUACAUGGUGGACUGGUCUGCUGGUGAUGAUUACAGCUGGCAGGAAACUCAAAACACUAGCAUUGCUUUCAGUGGCCAGCCAUUGAAACUGUACAACAUUACAGUGACUCCACUGUACGGCAGAAGUCCCGGGCAGGAAGCCACCCUGCUGGCCUACUCGGAGGAAGGAGCGCCGGGGGCGGUUUCGUGGGUCCGCGUGUCGGAGGUGGAGACCACGAGGGCCCUCGUCAGGUGGGCGGCGGUGCCGCGCGGCGAAUGCUGCGGCUUCGCCGUCAACUACACGGUGUUCUACGCGGCGGCCGGCUGGCCCGAGCAGGGCGUCACGGUGGACGGCGCGCUCCAGGAGGUGCGGCUGGGGCUCCUGCGGUCCGCCACCACCUACAGGGUGCACGUCAUGGCCAGCUCCGUCGCCGGGGGAACCAACAGCAGCAACACCGUCUUCAAGACGCUCCGCCACGGUCUCAGCUUCAUGACCAUGCUUGGGCUCUUCGGUGGCCUCGGUAUAAUCCUGUUCCUGAUGAUUGGCCUCUGUUGUUUCGUAAUAGAGAAGAAGCGUAACCUCAAGUCUGUGCCAAACCCUGGGGACAGUGAGGCUGUGUCAUGGCCGCCUCACUACUGUCGAAGGCCCAUCCUGAUGCCAAUCGAAGAGAGUUUCUCUGAGAAGCUGAGGAUCUCCGUGUGUAAUGGCACCAGCCCCAGCCCCGCCCCCACGGAGAACACCCAGCUGGUGUCCCCUGACGGGCAGCCAGACCCCGCCCCUGGCAUUGGCCCCCGCGGGACGACGGGCUCAGAGGAGCCCAGCCGGUCCCCGCCGUACGUAUGGGACUGCCCCGCCCCCGAGGCCUGGGAUCGGGGGAUGACCUUCAGCCCGCACAGCCAGACCGCGAGGGGGAGGGGGCCUGCCAGCCCCUACCUGAAGAACUGCGUCCUGUCUGCCAAUGGGAGGGUCUACCUGCGCGGCGAGAAGCCGGCCCCGUCCUCGGGGAGGGAGGGCGGGACUCUGCCGGACCCCCAGCCACAGCGGUUCCCCCCGCCGACGCAGUCCUACGUCUCCGUGGACAUAUUCCAGAAAGGGCUCUUCCACCCCGUGUGACAGGGAGACGGAGAAGUGUGCAGGCUCCACCUUGUCUGGCGGUGCGAGUGGCGGCUGUACGUACCACAUUCCUCUGGCUGUAGCCGUAUUUAAUUACAGAGCUAUCACCGUUUCACCCUGGUGUUAUUUCACAGGGUUGGUUCUGUUUCCGAUCAGUAAAUUCAGGGAAAUUAACUGUGAAAUGCAGUUAAUUGAAAUGUGCCCAUUUCCCUGAAUUGAAAUGGAACUGACCUCUGCUCUGCUUCAUUGUGAGAUGCCCAGUAGGGGUCUGGAAUAAGGCCCCCCUGAAAUUAACCAAACCGAAAAAUAAAAUCAAGUAAGGGCGGAUGUAGAUAAACUUGGCACAUUCUAAUUGGAAUUAUUCAGGUUGUUUAGAGAAGGCAGCGUAGUUUUUUUUUUUUUUUUUUUUUGUGUGGUACAGGUGCACAAACGAUGUCAACUAAUAUUGAAACAGUACAGGCAUAAAUCCUAUUCUCAACUUUUUAACAUUUUACCAAGGUUUGUGUGCUUUGAAAUAGUGACAUUUUGAUAUUUUAUGGAGUGUUUUUUUUAAAUAAGUUCCUGGGGGAAAAACACUUUCUUAAAUAUGUUUUUUAUAAUCGACUGAAAAGUGUUGCCGUAUGGUUAGACAAGUUCUCUGACUCAGACAUUUUAAUGUAAAAAGCUCAGUUACUACUAUCAUUGGACAGGAUAUAUUUUUAAAAAUCCAUCAAGGGUCCAUCCAUCAUCAUUGAAAACAUGAGUCACACAAUUAUCGUUUUAUACUAAUGCAGGUUUGUUAUUUUAAAAAAAGGCUGGGAUUCUUUUGCCUUUAAGCUAGAUAGCAUUUCGUGAGAGCUCCCUGCUGCUGAAACCAAAUGUGCAUUAUAGCAUCACGCAGAAAACAAUGCAGCACAAAAACUCUAUUAGGAUUACCUCUGAUUUAUUAAUACUGCCUAUUACUGAUGAUGUUCUCAUUAUGUUCUUGUGUAGAUAUCUUUAUUUGCUCAGUUUCAUCUGUGAGCCCAUCACAUCACAUUAAUAGUGUCUUCGGUCAGUCUGGCCGAGCUGCUCUCUGAAACACACAUGCUGCCAAGUGCCUGCAGCCAGCCUCUGCCUUCCGUUAACUGCGCAGUCCGCCCGCUGAGCUGCGCAGCCUCGAGCUGCACUGUACUUCUCGUACGGCUGCUGAGAGCGCGAGUGCCUGAUGGGACCAGAGGGGGCGCUCACGAGUCGCUCAGCUGACCGAAACCUCCCUGCUCAGGCAGUCGCGUGCCAGCCCUCAGGGCUCAGUUGCUCACGCUCGGGGCUCCAUUACAGAGCUCAGGGUGUAUCGCUGCAUUAAGGACUUAAGGACGCUAACUGGGUAGGCCACCCAAAUGCAUGCUGGGUGUACAUGCCAACUUGAGACAUUAAGAAACCAAAGAAAUUUGAAAAUCAUCUGAUUUGAGGUGUGAUGGUAUUGGUAGUCUACCCGACUUUUUUUUUUUUUUAAGUCAAAGAAGCAAAUAAAUAUAUAUAUCUCACAUAGCAGAAUCAGGCUGGGUUAAAGGCCCUGCUAUGGAAUGGUGUACAAAAUGAAACCUUUUCACCUCAGUACCUCAAUAUUCAAAAUAUCAACAUCCUCUUGAGCAUUCUAGACUGAGACAUGACUUUCAUUUUAUAGCCAAUAUCUUGUAAAAGAUACAUAUGUAAUAUACACUGAUGCUUUGACAAGUGAUGGAAUAAGCAGGUCAGCUGUAACAAGAUUAUACUGCAUCUACCAUGUCAAUCACUACCUUUGAGCAUGUUCAGAGUUUUAUGAAUGAUUCAUAUCUCAUAAUCUUGUAGAGACAAUGAGAAGGUUAAUUGUUUCUCAUUUUAGUACUUAGCUGAUUUUUUUUUUGAGAUCUCAUUUUGUACAUGAUGCACAUGUUGUAGGUGAACCUCCAUGACAAAUGAAUCUGCUCUGUGGAACUAAAAAUGCUAAUGUUGAAAUGGAAUGGAGCUUAUCAUGGCAUGAAAGAGUAUUUGAAGUAGACCGAGCAGGGUCCUAAAAUGGAGACCUUAUUCAUUUGGUGUACGUACACACAAUUAUAUAUGUCUGUCGUAAUUAUAAAUACAGUAUUCCUUUGUAUGUCCAUAAUCCAAGCGGUCAAAAUGCGUUUUUCUUUGUGGCGUGUAUAUAUAACCACAUGCAUUGCUUUUUUCACAGUCCCGAGUCUAGUUGUCAUACGGCUUGUUUAAAGGAAUUCCACUGUUGACAAAAGGGAGGCAUGAUAAUGUUGCUGUGUGUGGUCUGGUGGGGAAACUGACUAUUUGCAGUGUCAGGGCCUGUGAAUGCCCUUUUACGUACAAUAUUUAUUUUGCUAUAAUAAUCAUUGUAACCUCUAUGAAGUGAAAUGACUGCCAUCAUGUGCCGUUUAAUGUAGCCUACCUACUUCCAUUUUGAGGCCUCCUUAUUACGGAUAUUUGGAAGCAUUACAAUGGAUUACUCAGAGCUGUAUCAAGUCUUCAAAAGUCAAUUUGUUAGACAAAGGAAUUGGUGAUGUUUUAUGGGAAUGGUUUUGCUGUUAUUUCCUUGUUACGUUUUACUGUGGAAAAAUAAAUUGUGCAGCAUCUUC